AUGCAGAAUAAUUUACAACCCGUAGCACUUUUUAAUAAAGGAAUUGUAGGAAAUUGGCAAAAAGUUGGAGAUGAAAUGAAAAAUGUUGGAUGGCGCGUAAGAUAUAUUGAAGCUACUCAAGCAACCCCUGGAGACAUAACACUUCCAAAAUCAAACAUAACAUUCAUAUGUUUUAAUAAUGAACAAUGGAAUUCUUGUAACUCUGAAAAUGAUAAGAAAGAUAUUAUUCGAAAUUUGGUUAACCGAAUUAAAAAAGCAAAUCAACGCCAUAAGAAAGCGUUUUUGCUAAUUUAUAUUGAAAAUGAAAAUACUCAAAUAUUAUAUGAUAUUCAAACGAGACUCUUGAUAUGUAACAUUACAAACACCAUAUUGCCUAUUCACAAUCCAACAGAAGCAAUGUCCUUGAUGCGAAUAAUUUCUGAUGGAUUAUGUAAUGAUAAUAAAUCGCUUAAUCUUCAAGGUCUGGAAAAGAUGUCAGCUGGACCAAAAAAACUUCGUUUGCAUGAUUGUUAUGUCUUGCAAGAAGGAUUGCAAACCUUUUUUAAUAUCUCGGUAGCUACAGAGUCUCAAUUAUUAGAUUGCUCAUUAGAUAAAGAAACCGCACGAGAUGUAAUAAAGUUCUUUGAACAAGAUUAUAUUGCCUGA